AUGUUCUAUAUAAAAUUACCAAAUAAUUACUACCCAGUAGCCGAGUCCGUUUAUUCUACUAUUCUCCUUCAAGGCAGCACAGAGAUCAUGAUGUUGUUCAAAAGAAUACCAACUCUAACGUCAGCUUUGUCUCUGGCACAACCAAAAAUACUAUUUAGUCAGCAAACGAGAUUAUUUCUAAGCACAGAGACUAGGAAAGCUAUUGAGGAUGCGAUUUCUUCUGCGCCUGUAGUACUUUUCAUGAAGGGCACACCUGAGUUUCCGCAAUGUGGAUUUUCCAGAGCUUGUAUCAGCUUAUUAGGGCAGCAAGGUGUUGAUCCCGCUAAAUUUGCUGCCUACAACGUCUUAGAAGACCCUGAACUGCGCGAUGGUAUCAAGGAGUUCAGCGAGUGGCCAACCAUACCCCAACUAUAUUUGAAUAAGGAAUUUAUUGGUGGCUGUGAUAUAGUGACAAGCAUGGCCCAAACUGGGGAACUUACUGAUGUUUUAGAGAAAGCAGAUGCUUUGGUACCUGAAGACGAGUGA